UAGCAAUAACAAAAGUGUUUCUCAUUCGCGAGUGGAAUAUUUUUGUGCAUAAACAGGAUAAGCGGACAAAAGAGAUGUUGAAUUGAUUGCUAAAUUUCUAGAAAACUAAAUUUCUAUAUAAAAAUAUAUGUGGAACAUGUAGGACUUCCGUUUUAUGUGCACUCGCCAAUGGCGUCUUAAUUGACUUUUAUUAUUCUUAGACAGAUUGUAGCAAAAUCAUAAACAUCAAAAUAGAAUUAGGUGAAGUACGUGGAAUGCGAAGUGCAAAUUGUAUUUGGGGCUGCGUGAGUGAACAUCUGCGUUUCGAUUUGAUAAACGAAAAAAGCUGCAACGCAUAAAGCUGAUUCACUUAGACGAGCAACCAACAAAGCGUAAUUGAACCCGCAGCUGUAGCAGCUGGCGUUGAUUUUGUAUAUAUGGGCGACACCUGCUAGCCAGCAAUGGAUCCACAAAAGAUCACCGAAUUGGCUAACUUGCUGCGCAAGAAUGGCGACAAAAUCCUGAACUCUGAAUUUACCUUGACCUUAUCAGGUUCACUGUUGCGCGCUUUAAAUGAUUCCUUUACGUUGAUUGCCGACAGCGAUAUUUCCGCUGUCGCUGGACUUAGCACGUUGCAGAAGCAACAGCACGCCUUCCAGGUGGUGAAGCCCAUCAAUGCCAAAUCGAGCGUGUUUGCGGAUUUACAGCUGCUGCACGAUUUCGUGCAGAAGACAACGCUGCUGAAGCUCAGCUAUUUUCCCAGCGAGCAUUACUUUGAGGGCGCCAUUGAUAUAUGCAAAUUUCGUGCGCUGCUUCGUUUGGAGGUGCACAAGAUCAACAUACGCCAGGUGGUGGGAAUUCAAGCCCUGCGCGCCCAGCUGCAGCAUUUGAUAUGCAUCAAGAGCCUGAACAAUGUGGAGGACAUCAUUACGCAUUGCGGCGGGGAUAUGUCGAAUGGAUUUGUGUGGAACGAACUGCAGUCGGCUGACUUUAGCUACAAUAAUUUGCGCUCUGUGGAUACGGCUCUGGAGUUUGCGCAGCAUUUGCAGCACUUGAAUUUGCGCCACAAUAAGCUAACCAGUGUAAGGGCCAUCAAAUGGCUGCCCCACCUCAAGACGCUCGAUGUGAGCUACAAUUGCCUGACACAUAUACCGCAAUUCCAUGUGGAGGCAUGCAAAUGGCUGCAGAUGCUAAAUAUAAGCAACAACUAUGUGGAGGAGCUGCUCGAUAUGACCAAGCUGGAUGCGCUAACUAAUAUGGAUCUGUCCGACAAUUGUUUGCUGGAGCACUCGCAGCUCUUGCCGCUGAGCGUUCUCAUGACGCUCACUGUGCUGAAUUUGCAGGGCAAUCCUUUGGCCUGCCAUCCCAAGCAUCGUCUGGCCACGGCCCAGUAUCUGCACAAGAACACGGCGACAGUGAAAUUUGUGUUAGACUUUGAACCGCUCUCCAAGGCAGAGAGAGCAUUAGUUGGCAGUCAGCAGAUGCGGUUUGUGGGCUCCAUGAGUCAUCGACGCGUGAGCAGCCAUGUAUCCAUAAACAGUUCGAGGGCGUCUAUCAAUACACCACCAUCGAGUGUGGGCUCGCAGCGUUCGUUCUCGACCAGAGGCAAGGAGUCCUCGUCGGAAGCCGAGCAAACAACGGUUGAUGUGCAAAUGGACAAAAGACGCGGGAAAUCUAAAAAACUGCGCACAGUAGAAAUUGCGGAACAUGGCAAUGAGGUGGCCACCGAAGCCACUACAGCUACAGCGGCAAUCGAAGCAAAUAGUCGGGUGGCAGAGAAACCACAAGAGGCCACCGAUGGCAGCCACUUGGAGACGAAGAAGCAAAUUGAGACACUGCGUCUUAAGUUUGGCAACGAAUGGUUGCAGUCGGGCAACGCGGAGCAAAUGUUUGGCCUAGAUGCGCCGCAGCCCAGUGAAGAGGAGCGCAAUGAGGCACGCCAGCAGUUCAAUGAAUUCCUAGGCGAACUUUCGGCUUCAGCGCAACAGGCAAAGCCGCAGCCUGAGCCAGAUGAGCCACUUAACUCCACGCCCACCACCCAGAGUAAUUGGGGUGACACAUUUAAUGCAACGUUGACACCCAUCAAGAGAGAAGCCAACAAGGAGACGGACCUGAACCAAACACAGCAAACAGUCUACGAGUCGUGCAACAACAGCAUCCAAACGGAAUAUGAGAGCAUGAACAAUACUCUGUCAGAACAGCCAGCAGAGCCUGAAGCGAAAGAGGAGCAAGAGAUCGAUAUUCACAAAAAAGUGAUCGAAAGCUAUAUAAAUUCGUCUACUGUGGAGGAAGAAGAACCAGUUUCCGAAGAAGAGCCCGAUGAAAAGGUCUAUAUCGUUUAUCACGAAAACAAAACGACCGAUCCUUUGUUCCUUACCAUAUCCUCUAAUUAUGUUCGCGAAAAGGAUGCGCUCAGCGAGAGCACCAAGACAAAAUGGAGCAUCAAGGUCUUGGAGUCAUGCGAGCGAAUCAAAUCCAAUACGCUGCGCAUCAAUUUCGAUACAAUGCAAAAGGAUAAACAGGAACGUAUUUAUUGCGUGGAGAAUGCACUCUGUCAGGAACUUGAAAAGAAACUACGCGACAUUCUAUCGCAGCGUGAUCUCACUGAAAUGAAUAUAAUCAUCUAUAGCUGCGUCAAUUGCGGCAUCAAGUUCACCAGAGAACGUAAAAACAAGAGCUACAAGACAGCGGAGCUGCGUUGCCCGGACUGUCGCAGUUUGUUUGUGGCCGAGGUGAACGAUGAGUGCGGCUCGUUGGAUAAACCCAAAGUUGCUGCAGUGGAGCCGAAGCUAUCGCCGGCGUUAAUUGUAGAGGAAUCGCCUGUUAACACACCGCUGAGUGUGAUGUCCAAAGAGGACAAUCAAAGUAUUGUGGGCAACAGCAGGCUCAUCGCUAAUAGCACACCCAAGCGUAGGAGUUUGAUGCAAACCACAAAAAGUUCGGCUAAUUCGCUAAAUGAGAGCAGCUCCUGCUCGAAGAUAACCAACUCGCAAUGCUCCUUCGACUCCAAUCAAUCUGUUGUGGGCAGUUCCAAUACGGAGCGAGAUCUGGAGUUUCGUGCCAAUGAGAGCGACGUGGACAUUAUCUCCAAUCCAAGCCAAUCCAGCAUUGAAGUGCUGGAUCCCAGCUGUGCGCAUAGUGCCAGUCGCAAAACGUCCGAGGAGCGUCGCAUAUCCCAAAUGCCCAAUCUCCAAACCAUCGACGAUGAUCUAAGUCAAUCGCAGAGUUUCAUCGAACACGAAGCUCUUGUCGAACAGGCUCGCUUAAAUUUCGAGGCGAUGCCAACGGCUGCGACGACCACACUGGACACAACGGUAAAAUCUAAAGCCCUGGCACAAAUCCAACUAACGGAGAGCAGCUCGUCGGGCUCAGUGACCGACAGCAUUUGCACAACCUACGAGCAGCAGGCCAAGCAACCGACAACGGAUAAGCCGCAAAAGCAACCUACCGAUGAUGCCGUCAUUCUGCAAAAUAUGCUGCUGGCUGAAUCUGGAGGCAGCACAACUCAUCCACAGCACAACAACAACAACAACUACAACGAGGUGACUGCAGCAAAUGGUCAUAGUGAAACAACACAUCUGAAAACAGCAGAGGAUGCACAUCUAUCCAUCAUGUUUGGUGCUCUUUUCCAAUCCACCAGCAUGCUGAUGUCGAGCUCAAAAAAGCUAACUGCAACGGAGGCUACUGCCAGCCCAAUGCAGCCAUAUAAAUUUAAUUAUAGCGACUACCAUGACAUCGAUCAUCGUUUGAAACUCUAUUUCUAUCAGAGCAAAUUCCAGGAGUCGGGUGAACACUUUAAGUGGCUCGCCAAGGGUCGAAUUUACAAUGAGCAAACGCAAACGAUGCGCGAUGGUUUGCUGGUAAUCUCCACCAGCAAGUGUUACCUGAUGGAAGCGUAUGCACCAGCCCAGGAUGAUGUGGCCAAGUGGCUGCGACAGGUGAUUAGCCUGCCAGUGAAUCGUUUGACACGCAUACAAGUGUUGCCCUGGAAACUGGGCUUAUCUUUCACACUUCGGGACUGGGGUAACUUCCUGCUAAUACUGCAGGAUAGUGUGCGAACAGAUAAUUUGCUGAUGUACCUGGCAGAAAAUCCGCUGCCCAAGGAGUGUGAGAUUAUUCAACAUCCAUCGGAUGUAGUGCGUCAGCGACUCACUUCUCUAGUGGCUGAACCACUUAAGGUGUGCGCCUUAUUGAGCGGUUGUCGCUGGACUUCCGGUCACGAGAAACGAAACUUUGAGCUCUGCACGCUGCUCACAACCGAUUCGCAAUUGUUUAUUGCCGGCAAUGACAAAUUCAAUUGGCUGGCAUCCAACGAGGAGAAGCAGCCACCCAUUGAACUAACUCUAACGCAGCUAAUGAGCAAUUUGGUGGAAGUAGACCGACUCUCAGAUAUCGAAUAUAAUGUAAAUUUCCUGGAUGAAACCGAAAACAAAAGCGAAAUUUGGCAUUUGCAAUUCGAAACCCUGGCGAAUGCCGAGUUAUGUCUAAAUGCCAUUGGCAAAUCAUGGGAAGAGCUAUUUGGCGUACCAUUUAGCUACUCUGGAACGUAGUAUUUGUCUGUUGAUCAGGGACCAAUUAUAAUGAAUGUCAUAUCGAAACAGACAAUUUAUAUUUAACUAACAAUUAUUAUGUGCAAAUGUCUAAAUUGAAUUGUUAGCAUAUUAACCAUUUAACUAACAAUCGUUAUAUAAAUAUAUAUAGAUCAUAUCUAACUGUCUAGCUUUAUGUUUGAAGAGAUGUAGAUAUUUAUAUAUAUUUAAAAUAUAGAAUUUUAGUAUUGCAAUCAUGGACAAUAUGGAUGUUAAGUAACUAGUUAGACGAGAUAUGUAAAAAUUGUUUGUGUAAUAUCUAUUUUAUAUACAACUGUAAAAUAUGUACAGGAAAUAAUGCAUAUAACGUACGAAAUAAAUACAUAUAUAUAUAUAUAUACAUAUAUAAA